AUGGAGAAAGACCUCUCGUCUCUUUACUCCCAGGAAAACGGUGGAGGAAAUCAUGAGACCCACUUCAUAAUCAAAUUGUUCAAAUCCGUUCUCGAGGCCUCGUCGAAGGCUGGUCAUUCGCUACUGGAUGAGAACAGAUCGCUCUCGAAAUGGACCGAUGAUGUGUUUACUCGAUCGGUGAUUUAUCGCGGUUCUGAUGACUUGAUAUGGGGCGAAUUCUUCAUCUGCGUGUAUAAACCAUCCACAAGCACUAAGCUAAAUGCUAUAAUAUUCGAUAAAUUGGGCACGUCAUGUUUUCAAUCAGUGGAUAUAUCUCCCGAUUCACAGUACUAUCCGGCCAUUGAGAAUUUGAGUCCAACAGAUCAGGAAAGUAAUGUCAAGAAAUGUAUUGCCGUUGUUCUGCUCAAACGCUACCCUUUGCUGUCUCGAUCAGAUUUAUCCCGAAUUUUGUCCAACACUUCAAAAAAAUGUGACUAUGACCCUACUCAUGCAGGAGAUCUGGCUAGCAGUUGUCAACUGAUAACAGCAGCCCCUCCAGAAGAUGUAGGGAAGUGGUUGUUUGCGUCCGGAUUUUUGCAAAAUAAAGUCAUCAAUUCAGCUUUGCUGGACGUCAUCUAUGAAAACAAUGAGUCUACCAUUGAACUCAAUAACAGACUAGUAUUCCAUUUGGGCGAACAACUUGAACAACUUUUCAAUCCAGUUACAGAGUACUCACCAGAACAAACAGAGUAUGGCUACAAAGCACCAGACGAUGACAAGGCUACCGAAUCUGAUGACGUCCUUGUGAAGGCCAUUUGCAACGAGCUGUUGCAAUUACAGACAAAUUUUACCUUUAACUUGGUGGAAUUCUUACAGAAAUUUUUAAUUGUUUUAAGAGUUAAAGUUCUCAAUGAAGAGGUUGAUGGGUUGUCCACUGCCAAACUGAACCGACUCUUUCCUCCCACCAUAGAUGAAGUCACCAGAAUAAAUUGUAUUUUCCUGGACUCUUUGAAAACAGCAACCCCCUACGGAUCCCUCGAAGUGCUCAAAGCAUGCAGUAUAACCAUUCCUUAUUUUUAUAAGGCAUACACAAGACAUGAGGCAGCCACCAAAAAUUUCAGCAAAGAUAUUAAGUUGUUCGCCAGACAUUUCAGCAAGGUGAUUCCAGAGAGGGAUAUUUAUACAGAAAUGAAAAUCGAAACCAUAAUCAAGGGUCCCCAGGAGAAAUUGUUAAAAUUAAAGCUAAUUGUAGAAAGGUUAUGGAAAUCCAAAAAAUGGAAACCCGAAAACCAGGAAGUAGCCAAGAAAUAUUACGAUAAUGUUGUUGAUGUCAUUCAUUCGUUUGGUAAUUUAGACUCUCCCCUGACUUCAUAUAGUACAAGAGUCUUUACCCCCUCAGGAAAAAUUCUUACGGAAUUAGCCAAAUGUUGGCCUGUGGAACUACAAUACAAAUGGCUGAAAAGAAGAGUCGUUGGUGUGUACGAUGUAGUGGAUAUAAUCGAUGAAAAGAAGAAGAAUUUAUUAGUCAUAUUUAGUGAUUAUGUUGUCUUUAUCAAUAUACUGGAAUCAGAAAGCUAUUACGCUUCAGAUGGAUCAAACAGGCCCUUGAUUUCAGAUAUUUUAAUGAACUCGUUAAUCAAUGAAGUACCGUUACCCUCAAAGAUUCCGAAGUUAAAAGUAGAACGUCAUUGCUAUAUAGACGAGAUAUUGGUUUCUAUAUUGGACGAGAAUUCAUUGCGCUUUGAUUGCUUAAAGGGGAAAGACUCUUUUUCAGUCGUUUGUAAAUUAUCCUCCUCUUUUAUCUCUUCCUCGACAGUGGCUGAUUUAAUUACGAAGGCUAGAAUUUUGGAGAAGGAUACCGCAUUCCAUCUUUUCAAAGCUAGUAGAAGUCAUUUCACAUUGUAUUCCACCGCACAUGAGCUUUGUGCUUACGAUGCAGAGAAAAUUAAAUCGAAAUUUGCCUUAUUCUUAAAUAUACCACCAUCAGAAGAAAUAUUGGACAUGAACAAUCUUCAUUUGGCUUUCUUUGCAAAAUUUGCCAAGGAAGGUGAUAGUAAUAGCCUGAUACGUUUGGACAUUCUAACUAAAAACGGGAAAAAGCAUGUUCAAAUUGCAUCCAAUAACAUCGUUUCUACCAUAAUUAAUCAACUGGCUAUCGAGAUACCGAUAUGUUACUCUUCCUUGAAGUCACCUUUGGUCCAAGAUUUACUUUUCGUAAAUGUGAAUUUAAUCGAAAGUUUGGAACAUAAAUUGAAGGAGGCCAAGCGUAAUUCACCGGAUGCAUCCAAGGAUAGUAAUAGUAAAGCUUCUGAUGUGGGUAAUUUUGACGCCACUCAUGAAAAGAAAAGAUCGUAUGGUACAAUAACAACAUUUAGAAGCUAUACGAGUGACUUAAAGGACAGUUCGGCAGCAGGUAAAAGUAAACUCACAAAGGAAGCUAAGCAAAUAUCACCAGUCAAACCAAUAAAAAAGGCGAGGGAAAUUCCCAAGGAAACGAAAAUAGUGGGAGGUGAUUCCAGGAGAGACGAUAUAGAGAAGCAGCAAGGUAAAAAAAGCAAAGGUUUUUUUGGUGCAUUGAAAAGUGUAUUUGGAAAUAAGAAAAAAAGUAAACCUAUACCACCUCAAAAGGCACCUCAAAAAAGUUCACAGAGACUACCUAAGUCAUCAACAAGGAAGCAAACGGUUACAGAAAAUAAGCUUCUCUCUAAACGAGCAAGCGUUGUUUUGUCUUCUAAAAAGAAAAGCACUCCUUGUCUGACAGAAAAAUCUCAAGACACUGAAUCUUCUCUGGAAGCGGUUGAAUUUAAUCCCCAUGAACCAAUUGGAAAAUAUUUCGAUGUUAGAAACGAUUUGAACCCUCAAGAUGACGCGAGAAUAUCUUCAGUGGUACGGAAUACAAAAUAUGUCACCCACAUGCCCUCACAACCGAAUAGCGACAGGAACCAAGAAAGUGAAGAGUCAAAAGAAGAUCAAAAUGCAAAGCAAGGCUCUCCCUUCAACGUUACUGUUGUGGGAAGAUUGCCAUCUCUUCGCCCAGAAGAAUCGAACAUUGAGAGAGAGAAUGGAAUAGUUGAGAAUGCGGGACAAGCAUCGCAAAUUCCUGAACAGAAGGUACUAUCAGAUCGUGUUAAAGCAUCAAUGGCCGAAAGGGUGAACACUGUUUCGACGAAGGAACAAGAUAGCGAUACUCAAAAUGAAGCCUCAAGUGCUGAAGAAUUUUUGAACUCGGAUGCUAAUGACGAACGCAAACAGAAUGAAAGUAAAGUUUUCAACGAUGAUUUGUUUGGCGAUUUUAUUCACAAGCGUUCUGAAAGUGCAGAAAACAGUAUCAAUGGUUUGAACCAUAAGUUCCAACAGAGAGAAGUUCUUGACGAAAAGAGCGAAAUGAAUACCAACUCCAACAUCUCUUCCAAAACGGAUGAUAACGCUUCCACAUUGAUGCAAAAACCUUUUUCACAAGCAAGUAAAGUACUGACAGAGAAUUCUGGAGACUCAAUAAAUACUCAUAAUGAAGCAAACGGCACAACAUCAAAAGGUGAUUCAAAAGAUGCAGCAUUAAAGGAAGAAACUUUUAAAGGAAGGACAGAAAAACGAGAAAUUUUUCCUAGUAUUCCAAUGCCAGUACUUCGAGCCUCAAAAAUAAGUUUUCAAAGGUCGCCAUCAUACAUUGAACUGUUCCAAGGUAUGCGAGUAGUUUUGGAUAAACACGAUGCUCAUUAUAAUUGGAAGCGGUUGGCUAGUCAGGUCUCCUUGAGUGAUGGGUUGAAAGUCAAUACAGAGGAAGAAGCGGUGACCGCUAAUACUACUUAUGGUGGUGCCAACUCAGAGAGGAUGAGCGCAAUUUCUGAAAUAGUUGAUAAUAAAAUUCAGCAACCCAUCCCAACUCUUCUGGCGAGGUAUUCGGAUAGUUCUAGUAACGAUGACGCUGGUGAUGAAUUUUUCGAAAUUGAAGAGGAUCUAAAAGAAAAGUUGAAGGGUAGUAUUGACAUUAAUGAAGUUGAUACCAAUAAGAACUCAUUCAAUCUUGCCCCACGAAUUGAAAAGCCACCGGCAUUCAAAGUUAUUAGAACAUCGCCUGUACGAAUCAUUGGUAAGACCUUUGAAGACAUCAGAAAAGAGGAAGAGACUUCUCCCUCUGAUGCUUCAUUUCUUUAUGAUGCACACAACGAGGAUAAACCCGACAAAAGGUUGAUGGAGCUGAAGUUUCCAUCUCAAGAUGAAGUUCAGGAUGACAAAUUCUAUACUCCAUCUGAGGAGCCCACAACCACAUUUCCCGAAAUUAAGAUCCCAAAGAGUCCGGGAUUAGAUAACGUUACAAUUACCAAUAAUAAUAAUACGGGUGAUCAGUUUAUUAAUGACACUGCGCAAAACAGACCGGCUGAUUUACUGGAUGAUUUAGAAUUUAGUUCAUUCGAUAUUGCAUUUGGAAAUUCUUCGAUGAGUGCAGAUGACAUCAAAGUAGCGUCAAAUUGGAAUCGGAAUUUAAAUAAAACAGUACCAGCUAACCCUACAAAAGUUCAAGAGUCUCCCAGGGGCCCAUUAGUAUAUGUUCUUCCCGAAGGUAGUGGAAAUCGUAAAGGGGAUGGGCGUCUUCAAAAUACAGACAACGAUGAACCUAUCUGGGUUUCGCCCAGUAAAAUUGACUUUACGGACUUGAGUAAGAGGACUAAAGCAUUGUCGCCAGAACGUAAUGCUGUUCCCUUAAAAAAUAUUAACAUCAAUGGCAAAUCCAAAACUACCAGAGAAGAAUCUAUCGGCAAUAUGACGAACGCGUUGUUAUCUAAGGAUGUUUCCUAUGCAUAUUUGACUGAUUUUGUCACUUUAAGUGAUGAUGAAGGUGAUGGUAAAAGUGAAAAGGUGAGUUAUACGGCGGACGGCCCCGAGAGGCUCGAAUUUUAUUGA